GAAACGUUCACUUCCUCUCAAGGUGGUACGAAUCAACCCCGAGCCGUUUAGCGGCGGCGCUAGCGGGCGAGGCGCGGGAGUCGGGGCGCGCGCGCGGCGGCGGUUGCGGCCGUUGGGGCGGCUGAGGAGCGGGCUGCACGCGCGGCGUGGGGACUGGGGCAGGGGGUGGUUUAAAUGGGGCAAAGCUCUUCCCGCCGCCGGGGGAGUCUUUUGCGGGUGACACCUCCUCCCGCCGCCGUCCUGCGAGGAGGAAGGAGGUUAACAGGCUGCUGUCAGGUUGUUUGGGUCGCAGGGCUUUCCUCCACUCCCUCUGUCAGAAAAAACUUUUUUGUUCCCUUAUUUCUAUAAUAAUAAUAAUAAUAAUAAUAAUAAUAAUAAUAAUAAUAAUAAUAAUAAUAAUAAUAAUAAUAUCUGUCGCUGUAGAAUAGGCUUGGGAGAGGGAACCUGCGCAGGAAAUCAGCUGGGUCAAGGGACCAAAGUAAAUGUUUUGAUAGGUCCGCCAAUCCCAACUUGGUCCAAGUGCGUGGAGGGAGGGGAUGUAAUGGAAAUGUUGCACUGAUGUCGGAGGAGCUCACGUGUGAUUCCUAGAAUUAACUCCAUCCUACCAGCGUAAAGAACUCGUAGCUUAAUGGAGCGGUAUUAAUAAUUAAAAGAAGAAAAAAAAAAAUCCCCUUCUUCCCGAAAGAGAGCAAAAUUGCAGUUCUGAGUGUUUUCCUUUAGGAAUCAGCUGGGUGGUUUUUAUUUGCUUUCUUGACUUAAAAAAAAAGAAAGGGAAGAACCCUUCUGUUCUUGCAGUUAACAUUAUAUAAAUCCCCAGACACAUACUGUGCAAAAUCUAUUAGCAGCAUGUUUCAUAUGCUGCAGUUCUUGCUCUGCAAUCUGUUGGUAUUUUAAAGUAAGGAUGAACUGUAAUCUCCCACAAAUCAUUUUUAAUUCAAUGCCGGUUAGACGUGUGCCACGGCGAGGUAUCAUCUCCUUCUUUUUUAGUUUUUUUAUUUUUUUUUUUAAGUUUGCUGGAACAAGACCUCUGCUGAAGUUAAAUCAGCACAUGCGUCUUGCACAGCACUUUAGCAAGUGGAUUAUAAUAACAACCCCCUCAACGCGUGUCUCACAUGAGGAAUCUUUUAUGCCGCGCUGUAUUAAGACUUUUUUUUUUUUUUUUUUGUCAUAUUGUUUAGCUCUGGGAAAGGGGAAAAAAUGAAAACAAAGCAAUUAAAAAGAUUGACAGGUAUGGGUUUGUGUGAGACCUAUUUGUAAUUGUCAGGGUGACGUGGGCAAGAGGAGGAGGAGUAACAAACUGAAGCAGGAAAAGCAGCUCGAUGUGUCUGUCUAUCAGUUGAGACUGUCUGAGAGCCCUGGGAUCCGAAUGUGUGUUAUAUUUCAGUGAAAAGAGAAGAGAGGGAGAGUGGAUCUCUUUCUCUCCCAGGAGUUUAGGGGGGGGACAGUUCACGUUAAUCUCUCCCACUCAGUGAAUGUCUUUUCUUCCUCCCCCCCCUCCCGCUUUGCACACACUCUCCGGGGUUUUUCUUGGUUUUGGCAAAUUUUUUUGUGUGUGUGUGUUUUUUUUUUUUCUUUUUUCUUUUUUUUUUUUUUUCCUUCUGUUGCAGAUCAAGAUCAGCCAAAAAAAAUCCAUGAUAAAAAUUGUGUUUGCGUUAUAUUUAGUAUCAGAAGAAGCUUCGCUUUGUGGAGGAAAAAAAGAGAGAGCAAGAGAGAAAAGUAGUCCUCUCCGGUGGUGACACUGUUUGAUCUGUGACUGUUUGGAAGGUGGAGGAGUGACUGACAUUUCCCAUCCGGUGUCUAUGUAUGUAUGGGGGCUUUACUCCUUUUUAUUAUUUGCUUUCUUGCUCUUAGACUAAGUGCUGGGAGGAGAAGGAGAGACUGGAUCGACCUCGUUUUUUGCACAAUGAACAAACUAUUAUCAACGCAAUAAAAAAACCAAACAAACAAAAAACCCCCAACAACAACAGCAACAACACCACACAAAUCUACGAGCCUGAAACAAGCCAGCGAGCGAGCGAGCGAGAAAGUUGCGCUUUGAGACUCUUUGAUCUCGGAGAAAGCCUGAGAGGGGGGGAGUGACUGAAUUUACCGUCUCAUCGCCGCCGCUUGCUCGGCUCUCCACCGCCAAGAAAGAGGAGGAGAAGAAGACGAAGAAGUGAUUAAGGAAAGGAGGGGGAGAAGGGGAGAAAGGAAAAGGAGGAGGAAAAAAAAAAAAAAGGAACGAAAGAAAGAUAAUGGAUUUGGGCUACAGAUUGAACUGAUCAAAUCCUAUUUAUUUUGCACAUCUCCACUGGCAUCUUCCCUGCUGCUGUCGAGAGGACUGAAGAGCUUUGUCUUAUAAGGAACUUAAAAGAGAAAGAGAGAGAGAGUGUGUGAGAGAGAGAGGGAGGAAAAUUAACCUUGUAAAUGAAAACAUUUCCUAAGCAAGUUUUUGGAGUGGCGGCGGAAAUUGGCAUCCCUGUCACCAGUCCGUGGUUUGCCUCAUCCCACACCCCACCUUCCCCCCCGCCCCGCGCACCCCGCUCGCCGCGCCGGGAGCUGACCCGGGGGGGGGACCCGGACCGGGCGAGAGGAGAACCCGACCAAACUUUUUCUCCUUCCUCCCCCCCCCUCCUCCUUCCUCCUCCUCUCCCUCUCUCCCGUUCCUCCCCACCCUCCCUCUCGCUCUUCCUAGGCGGAAUUAGAAGUUGAAUCCGCUUUCUUUCCUCCUUCCUCCCCCUCCCUCCUUCCUCCCCCCCCCCCUUAUUUUAUUUUUUUAUUUGUGUGUGUGUGUGUGUGCGCGGCUGUGUGCGUGUGCGUUUGUUUCUGCAUGAAAAGAGGGGGAUCGGAAGAGGAGUCCUGCGCGGAAACUCUGCGGCGGCGGCGGCGGGCGGCGAGGCGGUGGCGGCGGCAGCAUGCCGCGGAGAAAGCAGCAGGCACCCCGGCGCUCCGCAGCAUAUGUUCCUGAGGAGGAAUUGAAAGCAGCAGAAAUAGAUGAAGACAGCGUGGAAGAUGAUGGGCUGUCUCUGGACAUCCAGGAGAAUGAGUAUUUGUGCAAUGAAGAAGCGGAGAUCAAAGAAGCUCAAAGCUACCAGAACUCCCCAGUCAGCACUGCAACUAAUCAGGAUGCAGGCUAUGGUUCGCCAUUUAGUGAGAACAGCGAUCAGCUGGCCCAUUUCAAAAGCACUUCCUCUAAAGAAGAGAAAGAGGAUCCUCAGUGCACAGACAAUGUUUCCUAUCCACAGGACAGCUUGGCACAAAUAAAAGCUGUGUAUGCAAAUUUACUUUCAGAGACUUGCUGGUCCAGUUUAGCUUUGGACUUAAAGAAAACCAAUCCAACCACCAGCAACAAUGGAAUCAGCCAGAACGAAAACACCGCCAGUACUGACACCAAUGCCAGUUCCCAAAGUACUAGUACCUCCAGUACCAACACUAGUACCAGUACAACUACCAGUAAUACCAGUAACAGUAAUAGUAACAGUGGUGGUUCAGGUUAUGACUGGCACCAAGCUGCAUUAGCCAAAACUUUGCAGCAGACCUCAUCAUAUGGACUUCUCCCAGAGCCCAGUCUUUUCAGCACAGUACAGCUUUACCGGCAAAACAAUAAACUUUAUGGGUCGGUGUUCACCGGUGCUAGCAAGUUCCGAUGCAAAGACUGCAGUGCAGCCUAUGAUACACUGGUGGAGCUAACAGUGCACAUGAAUGAAACUGGACAUUACCGUGAUGACAACAGAGAUAAAGAAGCUGAUAAGACCAAACGGUGGUCAAAGCCUAGAAAACGAUCACUUAUGGAAAUGGAAGGCAAAGAGGAUGCCCAAAAAGUGCUGAAGUGCAUGUACUGUGGGCAUUCAUUUGAGUCUUUGCAAGACCUCAGCGUCCAUAUGAUAAAAACAAAGCAUUACCAGAAAGUGCCUCUGAAGGAGCCAGUACCAGCCAUCACUAAACUGGUUCCUUCUACCAAAAAGCGAGCACUUCAGGACUUAGCUUCACCUUGUUCACCUGAGCCAACAGGGAUCACUGCAGAAGCUUCACUGGGUGAGUCUGCAAAGGAUCAGAAAACUGCCAACCCCUAUGUGACUCCAAACAACCGCUAUGGCUAUCAAAAUGGUGCUAGCUACACUUGGCAGUUUGAAGCACGCAAAGCCCAAAUACUGAAAUGCAUGGAAUGUGGCAGUUCCCAUGACACUUUGCAGCAGCUCACUGCUCACAUGAUGGUCACUGGCCAUUUCUUGAAGGUGACCAAUUCUGCUUCCAAAAAAGGCAAACAGCUAGUUUUGGACCCUGUGGUGGAGGAGAAGAUACAGUCUAUACCUCUUCCACCCACCACCCACACAAGGCUACCAGCCUCCAACAUUAAAAAGCAGCCCGAUUCCCCAGCGGGCUCCACAAACUUGGAGGAAAAGAAAGACCUAGAGAAGGAAAAGGUGUUGGUCAGUGAAACCGAGAAAAAGAUUAAAGAAGAAAAUGAGGACUCUACAGAGAAAUUUGAGGCAACGACUUUGUAUCAGUACCUCAGAGAGGAGGACCUAGAUGAUAGUCCCAAAGGCGGAAUAGACAUAUUGAAAUCCCUGGAGAACACAGUGACAACAGCUAUCAGCAAAGCUCAGAAUGGAGCACCUUCCUGGGGAGGUUAUCCCAGUAUUCAUGCAGCUUACCAGCUGCCAGGAACAGUAAAACCCCUUCAGCCUGCAGUGCAGAGUGUUCAAAUUCAGCCGUCUUACGCGAGCAGUGUAAAAUCACUGUCGUCAGAACACAAUGCGCUCAUCCAUUCCCCAGGCAAUCUCACACCACCACCUCACAAGAGUAAUGUAUCUGCUAUGGAAGAACUAGUGGAGAAAGUUACAGGUAAGAUCAACGUGAAGAAGGAGGAAAAGCCUUUGGAGAAAGAGAAGAGUUCUCCAGUCAAACCCAUGUCACCUGCCGCUAAAGAAAACAAGGACUUCCCAAAAGCGGAAGAAGUAAGUAACAAACAGCAGCAGCAGAAGAGCUCUGAGACAGAUGUUCAGAAGGUCAAAAAGGAUAGUCCAGCAGAAGCACAUACACCAAAUGGUACUGAGCCACUUAAAACAAAGGUUGCAAAUGGCUGUAACAAUUUAGGAAUCAUCACAGAUCAUUCACCUGAGCCAUCCUUCAUUAAUCCGUUGAGUGCUUUACAGUCCAUUAUGAAUACCCACUUAGGCAAAAUUUCUAAGCCAGUAAGCCCCUCUCUGGACCCUUUGGCCAUGCUGUACAAAAUUAGCAACAGCAUGUUGGACAAACCCAUUUACCCAACCACUCCGGUCAAGCAGGCUGAUGCUAUUGACCGAUAUUACUAUGAGAACAGUGAUCAGCCCAUUGAUUUAACCAAGUCCAAAACUAAACCUCUCGUUUCCAGUGUGGCUGACUCUGCCUCAUCCCCGCUAAGGGAGAGCGCCCUGCUGGAUAUUUCCGACAUGGUGAAGAACCUCACAGGACGUUUGACGCCCAAGUCUUCAACGCCGUCUACCGUGUCAGAGAAAUCUGAUGCUGAUGGGAGCAGUUUUGAGGAAGCUCUGGAUGAACUGUCGCCAGUACACAAGAGGAAGGGCAGACAGUCCAACUGGAACCCUCAGCAUCUUCUGAUCCUUCAAGCCCAGUUUGCUUCCAGUUUGAGGGAGACCCCAGAAGGCAAAUACAUUAUGUCGGACCUAGGUCCACAAGAGCGGGUACACAUCUCUAAGUUUACUGGUCUUUCCAUGACCACAAUUAGCCACUGGCUGGCCAAUGUGAAGUAUCAGUUAAGGAGGACAGGUGGAACUAAAUUUUUAAAGAACUUGGACACAGGACAUCCUGUUUUCUUUUGCAAUGAUUGUGCCUCUCAGUUCAGGACUGCUUCUACAUACAUAAGUCACUUAGAGACGCACCUAGGGUUUAGUUUGAAGGAUCUGUCAAAGUUGCCACUUAAUCAGAUUCAAGAACAGCAGAAUGUUUCAAAAGUCCUCACAAACAAGACUUUGGGCUCACUUGGAAUUGCCGAGGAGGACUUAGGCUCCACAUUCCAAUGUAAGCUCUGUAACCGAACUUUUGCAAGCAAGCAUGCAGUCAAACUGCACCUUAGUAAAACACAUGGCAAGUCCCCAGAGGACCAUCUGAUCUAUGUAACUGAGUUAGAAAAACAAUAGCGUCCAGGCAAAACACCUUUUGAUUUCAGCAGUGCCAUAGAGGCUGCAGUUUCUGCCCCUCUAGUCUGUUGAAUGCUGCGGUACUCGCCUCUCCGGCAGCGCUGAAGACCUCUGAGGCUUUGACACCAGUUUUUACUUACAGUACAAGGAGGCAGACCUGUGUUUCUCUGUACUUUUUAAAUAUUGCAUUUUGAGGUAAGCUGAGUGCUAUCAUAUCAGGUGUUUCCCUUAAUCUUUAUUUCUGUUCUGUUGAAUGCAGAUGUCAUUUAGAAUGUAAAAGAGAGCUGUCAGAGCCUUCACUGCUCUAUCUCCUGAGUGCUUUGACAGUUACAGUGUAUGAAAGCCUGGGAUCUGCUAUCCGUUACACUUUUUGGAGGGGCUGUUAAAUAUGAGGACCUAGAGGGGUUUGCUUUCACAUGGUAUUAGUGAUAGUAUUGUGUUAUAUAUACUUGUGUGUAUAUAUGUAUAUUUCUGUUCCUUCCUUUCGAGUCUUCUGAAUGUAAUUUAAAUGUAAGAUCUUUCCUUCAAAUACAGCACAGUUCUACAUUUAAUCUUUAGUUACAACCCCAGAAAUACCCAUGCAUUGUUCAGUUUUCUGCAAGAGCCUGGUAGGUCCAGGUCAGCUACAUUUACAUAGUAUUUCCAAGCAGUGCAGGAAAGUGCCAUGAGGUUUUUUUUAAAACAUCCCUUACUUUGUUCACUGCUAACUACCUCUGUCCUUCAGGGGAUCUAGCCAUUUAGACAUUUCAGUUCAAUUACUGGAUGAUUGUGUACUUUGGGCCCAAGGGGUGGUGAGGAAGAAUAACAGUCAGGCCUACGGCUGUAAUACAGAGUCUUUAAAUAAUAACCCUUUGAAGUUUUGUUUACUUUACCACGGGCCUGCAAACAUGCGAUUAUAGAAUAUGCUGUAUUACAUUGCAGUAGUGGGUGAAAAGGUUGAAAGGGAGAAAUAAUAGCUCUAAAGUGGGUUUGAAUCUAAUGUAAAGCCAUUAAAACUCAUUUUGAAACACAGCAUGUAAAGUGAGUUCUCAACACCAGGUGACUCCCUCGAGAGGUGUUUAUGACAUUGCUAAAUCCGUUCAGUUCUGAUAGCUUCAGAAUUGGACAAUCACUCAUCAUCUCUGCCAGUGUCUGAAGAAAGUCCAUUUAGAAUAAACUAGCAGCUUUACCUGGUGACUGUGCUGAUGUAACACUUUCUGAGACUGAAAUAUGAAGUAGAUGAAAAUUUGAGGGCUCUGGUGUUUCACUUGCUUAACAAAAUGAAGCACAGUCGCAGUAUGAUCUUUAUUCUUUGAGUUUUUGCCACUUUUGUUUGAAUAUCAUAUUUCUGAAAAAUGUCCUUAAAAAAAUUGCACAGUUUGAAUCAGAGUUACUGGUUUCCUCAAAAUUGGUUUGCAGGUUUAUUUCUUCUUUAUUUCGGUAAGAUUUCAACAAAGGUAAGUUUGUGCUGGUCUAUUAAUUACUACUAAAACUGCAUCAUGGAAGAGACCACAUAGCCUUUCAGGACUGGUCUUUGAGAAAAGAGAUGUGAGAGCCUUAAAACCAGUAGUAGUCUCUGUCAGCCUGCAAAUCUAUUUUGUGACAUAUUCAAAAUCCGUUGUAUCUGAUUCUUUUCAGAGACGGACAGAGCUACUUUUUUCAGCAUUACAUUGCUGAUGUUGCCAUGUUUGCUUUUAUCUGUCCUCAGAGGGGAGGAUCUUGGUUUGUCCAUUUCACAAGUUUGAUGUCUGCUUCUGUGCACUUUUCUGUAUUGCUCUUUGGAGGCUGAUGCAAACCACUGCAAACCUGAGAGGUCUGUGUACUGAUGGCAUUAGUCCUGAAUUAUGAUUUUUUUAUUCUUUUUUUUUUUUUUAAUAGCAUUUGGUGGGAUAUUCAAUAAUGUCUCUGUAAUAUAACUUUGUUAUGAAUUUCUCUGGGAAGUUACACUGGUGAUAAUGACACCAAACAUUAUCUGUCUUCAUCAUGGGGGCCAAUAAAAUGCAACUGCAAGUUUAAAAGGCAUAAAAAUAUCCACAUUAGCUUGCAUUAGACUAAUCAAGGUGCACUGCAUUGGCUUCUGUCUGCAAUUUCCAAAGCCAUCUCAAAUUUGAGCCUGUGAUAUUCUUUAACUAACGUGGCAGGGGUCCUGGUUAGGAGACCUCCAAGGAGAGGCCAGUUUCCACGUGGAGUGUUCUCACAGCUCUGUAGGUGCCAGUCUCCUGGCUGAUGCAGCAUUGAGUUACUCUCCCAGCGUGAAAGUAGCAGGAAGUGGGAUUUCACCAUCUUUUCACUGAAAUUUAAAAGCAGGGUCCUUUUCUGUCCAUGUAGGAGAAUAGAAUGCUAACCCAAAUUUACUGGCCAGAUACUAAUCUAGAUAACGUGAUUCUUCCAAAUUUUUGUUUUCACUGCUAUUCUGAUUGUGUUUCUUCUCAUAGUGUUUCAUGUGGCUUUGCAUAGUUUCUCUUCAUCACUGUGUAUAGUCACCUUCAUCCUACAGGUAGGUGGAGUGACCACAUUUUGGGGUGAAAAAUGCUAUUCUAAGUAAAAGGUGAUAUUGUAGCUAAAUGAAAAUAUUGAUACCGAAAACUAGGUGUGUUUUAAGAAAGAGUAUUUUACUAUUCUGUUUAGAUGUUGCAGAUUACCUGGGAUUAGUAUAAGUUAUGAAACAUGCUUCUUUAUCCAGCAUCUUCAUUAGCUUUGUGUUUUUGACUACCCUUAAUAACAAAACUGAUUUUAGAAUAGUUUAGCACCAAGAGAUCAAAAGUGCAAACACUGAUACCUGCCUAAUGGACCUGUUGAUUUUCAGACAGCCAAUAUUAGAAGAGGUGAUGAUUAUAAACACUAGACCUUCCCACUGAGAAUGAGGAGCUCCAGUUACUCUGUUGUGAAGAUCAAUUUUUUUGUACACUCCUCUCUUCAGUUCUGUCUAGUGACCUGCUGAAUCAGGGUCAGCACAGCCAAAAUGUGUCUAGUAAGUAUUUAUCCUAAUUACUGUAGCAGUUACCUCUGUUUUCUUCCCUUUCCUGUAAAAAAUACGAAGUUUAAAUUUGAUUAGAUUGUCAGGAUUUUUAUGUUUUUACUUCUGGAUAAACUUGUUAAUGCAGGGGAGGAUUCAUUAUUUUAAAGCAGCAUUUCUCUAAAUUGUUCAGGGCACAAUGGGUUGACCAUCAGCACGACAUAAUUUCUGAACAAAUUUAAUACAGUGACAGUACACUGUACUUCUGUCCAGAGUGGUUGUGUCAGCGUUGUCUGAAGAUGCAGGUUAAUGCCUGACAGGUUCCUGACCAGGCUUGUCAGAUGUAGGACACCUGCAGCUGAAUGCCACGUGGUCACUUGAGGAAGGAGAAUUGGAGUCUGGUUGCCUGCAACCCAUCUGCUCUUGUAGGAGUCCAGAGCUGACUCAUUUGCUCAGGACAGCAUGUGUUAUGAAAUCUUAAGGGCUGAUGGGAUGCAUUAGGCAAAUAUAGGCCAGCCUUCAAGGGUCAUGCAGGUGGAAGUCGUCUCUGUUGGCACACACAGCAAGUUGUCCAAAGCCUUCUCCUUAGAGCGUGUACAAACUGAAGUUUGUAUUAGAGCUUGUUUGUGAAGUACUAAAGUGGGGUUGUACCCAUAGUUCCUGCUGAAAAGAUGACGCACAUGAUGGUGGAAUCCAGAAAGCAGCAUGCUAAAAGUCGUGUAGUCAGAAAUAUUGCCUGAAGCUCCUGACCAGCAGGUUGAAGACUAGCCACUAGAGAAUGCUCUCAGCCACAAUUCCCUACUCCCCAGAAAGUUUACAAUCAGAAUAAGUAGUUGAGUUCUGUCCAGUAUAGUCUGGGCUGGAAGAUCCAAUAGCUAAGAGCAAGCAGUUUAUUUCAAAUAAGUUCACUAGUGGACUGGUGGUGGGUGCUAAAUCAGUUUGGCAAAACACAUUAACCUGCCAGCUGGCACUUCAGUUUCAUUAUAUCCUACAGUGUAUCACCAUGCUCAGAAUCCCUUCACCUCUCGACAUCCCUUUCAGAGGAGUUUGGAUACUCAAGACCGCAUAGUGCUGAGGUCGAAUAUCAGUCCUGCUGAAUUACUUGAAGUUAUGAGGUUUUGUGUUUUUGAAUGGCCGUAUACUUCACUGUAUCUUGGAAAUGAGCAUUGUAUUCAGAUGCGGACAUGCAGAUUGGGUCAGACACCGUUUGCCACUGCUCUACAGCUGGUGGAGACCAUUGCUGUAGAAUCCUGAAGGCUGCCUCUGGAAUUUAAACCCAGCUAGUGAAAAAACAGAUCUCUGCCACUCUCACCUUCCUCUCUCCCCCUGGUACUUCACGGUGUAUUGGGAUGCGCAAAUAAAUUGUGGUUUAACCUGAGCAUUUGUGAGUAGCAAUGUUCUGUAAAAACUGACCUUCUUCUUCAAGUCCUGCUUAGGCUUAGUUUAUUGCUGCACAGUUCCGAUGUGUAACAUCUUAUUUGUUGUCAUGGAAGCACUGAUAGAGACUCAGUGUCAAGAACAUUCUCUUCUCCCUGCUCUCCCCCCAAUCUCUAGCACAGCAAGAACUGGCAGAGCAGCUCUACAAGUCACCAUCAUUCUGCAAGGAGUUUGAGGGUACACUGAGAGGGAGAGGAAUGGGAUAGCAGGGGAUUUUGGUCUUGAUAAAGGAGUACAAAGUUUCAUGUUUUCAGACGACCUCUUCAGCUUAACCUGCUAUAGCUGACAAAACAAGAAGUGGCUCUUAAAAACGCUGCCAUUUGGCUUCAGGGUCUUUGACAUCUCUUUGGUUCGUACUUAUAAAGGUGAAGAAGUUGUGUACUGGAUCACUUCUGUCCAUCCCAUGUUCCAAGGAAAAGCUAGAUCUGUUGUAGGUAGGAUGUGAGAUUCAUUAAUGGCUU